GCUUUGACUAGGAUGGGGGCCUGAAAAUCCCAGUUCUCCCAGUGCACCCAAUGUAGGGCUCGGUCAGCAGUGCGCGCCACCGCGACAGAGGGCUCCACCGCUGUUCACCGUGAGCGCGCCUCUCCAUGCGGGUUCAAUAAAGGGAGCAAAAGCGGUGAAAAGAAAAUGAGACGCUGCUAAAGAGAAAUGACGGCGGGGCUGGACGGGAAAGCUGAGACUGGUUUGAUCCCUCUAUCGGAACCCGGUCUCUGGGUCCACUUGGUCCGGUUCUCCGCACAUCGCCUCCAGGUCUUUGUCAGCCGGUUCGCACACGGACGGCAGAGCGCUUUUGUGAUUUUUCCUUUUUCUGAAUGAAGACGCUCAUCAGAUAAAGGCUGUUUUAGCUUUGACCCAGCAGAGAAGCGGCAGUAUUAACAUUUGAGGGAUCCUGUGAAGUUUGUGGUGCUGGGAUUUAUGCUUUGCGUGGACUGAGUCACCUUUUGUUCGGAGAAAAGAGGCGUUUGAUGCAGCGGUUCGGUCACACUGAGGCAGAAUAACUGAGCAGGUCCUUGAUUACAGCACAUCUCCUGUUAUCAUUUUUGCUUUACACACCCGAGUGAAAAGGGGCGUGUGAACAUUCCCCAGCCUAGAUAUUUAAAUCAUUACAGAUCAUUUAUUUAUUUAUCUGUUCAUUGACUCUGCGCCCUGCGCCUGGUGCCCACCUUCUUCUGUCAGUCCCGGACUGCGCUCGACUGUCCCGGUUCUGCCCUUUGUGUUCCGGGGUUGACAGGAUCACCAUGCCGGAGUGCGUGUCGGUGUCGGAGUUCGUGCAGGAGGUUCAGGAGGACUGGAGCUCUCCCACCACCUCCUCCUUCACCUCCAAGAUGAUCAACUGCAGGAACACCAUCUACCUGCUGGAGGAGGCUCUGGACAGCGACCGGAUGGUGUUGCAGAAGAUGAAGAAAGCGGCAAAAGCCAAGUAUGCUUCAGGGCAAGAUCAUGUAUCUCACCUGGAGCAGUACAUCAACUCGAUGGAGAAGCUCGCAGUAAACUGUCACUCAAAUGGAGAGACGGAGGUCGGCUCGGCCUUCUGCCGCCUGGCGGACUUUUCCAAAGAACUUCUGUCUCCAAUGAAAAAUCUGCUGAAGAGCAUGCUCCACAACAUCAACUUCUUCCUGGACUCGUUGGUUAAAGGAGACCUGCGGGAGGUGAAAGGGGAUCUGAAGAAACCAUUUGAGAGAGCAUGGCGGGAUUAUGAGAGCAGAUUCAAGCAGGUGGAGAAGGAGAAAAGGGAGUUAGCGCGACAGUACGGGAUGGUUCGGAGCGAGGUGAGCGGAGGAGAAAUCGCUGAGGAGCUUGAGAAGGAGAGGCGCUCCUUCCAGCUGAGCAUGUGUGAGUAUCUCAUUAAGGUGAACGAAAUAAAAACAAAGAGAGGAGUCGACCUGCUGCAGAACCUCAUUAAGCACUACCACAGUCAAAACAAUUUCUUGCAGGAGUGUGUAUCCACCACUCAGAGGCUGAAGCAGUACAUGGAGGAGCUGAACGUAGUGCUGAACAUGGUGAAGCAGCGUCAGGAGGAGGAGAAGAAGCAGCUGUGCACCAUCAGGGAUCAGCUGAGGCCAGUUGUCCACACAGAGCAGGACUCUUUACCUAAGCAGGUGUACAGCAUGCAUCAACUUCUGGGAGAUAAACAGUACGGAACAGAGAGAACAGGAUUCCUCUACAAGAAGAGCGACGGGUUGAGAAAAAUGUGGCAGAAGAGGAAAUGUUCAGUUCACAACUGUUACCUGACUAUUGCACAUGCUACACCAAAUAAACCUCCGACCCGACUAAACCUGCUCACCUGUCAAGUGAAACCCAGCGUGGAGGACAAGAAAUGCUUCGACCUUAUCUCCCAUAAUCGGACCUAUCAUUUCCUGGCUGAGGAUGAAGCUGAGUGUGUUGCAUGGAUCUCGGUGCUCAGUAACAGUAAGCAGGAGGCUCUCAGCAUGGCCCUGGACGGGGGCAGGCGCGGAGGCGGAGGGGGUGAAAACAGUGUGGAGGAUCUGACCCGGGCCAUCACUGAUGACAUCCGCAGAAUGCCGGGAAACAACUACUGCUGUGACUGUGGCGCUCCAGAUCCUGGAUGGGUCUCAACAAAUCUAGGCAUCCUGACCUGUAUCGAAUGUUCAGGGAUCCACAGGGAGAUGGGCGUCCACGUGUCCAGGAUCAAGUCUCUGAGCUUGGACAGCCUGGGAACCUCAGACCUGCUACUGGCCCGAAAUGUUGGAAACUCUGGCUUUAAUGACAUAUUGGAGGCGAAUCUGCUUAGUCCGUCACAGAAGCCCUCCCAGCACAGCCAUAUGGGGGAGCGCAAAGAUUUCAUAUUGUCAAAGUAUCAGGAUGUUCAUUUUGUGAGGAGGUUCAGCAGUUCUUCUGCAGCGCUGCGACUGGGCCUGCAGGAGGCAACCAAGAGCUGUGACAUCUACAGCCUGAUCCAGCUGUAUGCUCAGAGGGCGGAGCUAAGCCAGCCCCUGCACACCCACAUACAGGAGAAAGGGGAGACGGCUCUGCAUUUAGCCGUCCUGUUUGCUGACAGGACGUCGCUGCACAUCCUGGACUUUCUGGCCCAGAACUGGUUUUCUCUUUUUUCCAGUUCCAAUGUGGACGUACAAACCUCAGCAGGAAACACUGCGCUGCACUACAGCUGCCUGCAUAACAAGAGUGACUGUGUGAAGCUGCUGCUGAGAGCCCGAGCCAACAUACACAUCAAGAAUGAGUUGGGAGAAACUGCUCUGGAUGUGAGCCGCCGACUGAAGCACAGUGAAUGUGAGGCGCUGCUGCAGCAGGCCCAGUCCAACCAGUUUAACCAUCACGUCCAUGUGGAGUAUGAGUGGAGGCUUCGUCACGAUGAUCUGUACGACAGUGAUGACGACUUUGAUGACAGGAAUGGUCCAGUGAAGAAGGAGCACUCCUCGUCUUCAUCAUCCUCAGUCUUCACCCCAUCGUUCUCCUUCUCCUCCCGGCCUUUCAACUUCAGCCAGUCCUCCACCUCCACCUCCUCCUCCGUCUCCGUUGCCGCCCCGUCCUCCGGAGGACCAGGAGCCGGCCUCCUCAGCGUGGGGAGGAGGCUGGCCAUGGCCAUGGACCUGCACAGCCGACCAACUGGCUCCGCCCCCAGCCCUCCACCUCCGCCUCCGUCCUCCCCUGCUCCUCCACUGCCGCCCCGGGUCAAAGCCCCUUGUGUUCCCCCUCCUCCGCCUCCGGCUGGGGGUGAUGGAGUGAGGGAUGAAGAGGAGGAAGAGGCAGAGGUUUUCUUCCCCACGUCAGGAAACAGAAAGACAACACCUCCCCCUCCCAUCGCUGCCCGGCACAAGAGGACCUGCUCUGAGUCUAAUAAGCAGGAUCACGGGUUGCCAACCAGUCCCAGGAUUUACAGUGGCCCAGACUCCUCCUUCAAGAAGUGUGUUCCAUCUUCUCCUCUCAGCUCGCUGACGGAACGACCGGACAGAGGUUUUCGACGGACAGAAAGUGAAGGUAGCACCUCACAUUUCCUGUACCCGGCCAGCAAAGCGCCUCCGAAUGGAUCUCCAAUCAGCCAGCGCUCUCAGAGCUUCGAGAGCGACGGCAGAGGCCCCACCCCUCAGCCGCUUCCUCGCAGAUCACUGCCUCGUGGAGCAGCCAGUCGGCGGGCUCAGGCUCUGUAUGACUGCCAAGCAGACCACCAUGAUGAACUGAGUUUCUCUGAGGGUCAGGUGUUGGUGGUUCUUGGGCAGGAGGACAGCGAUUGGUGGCAUGGCUAUAUAGAAGAUGAACCAGACCAGAGAGGUUUGUUUCCAGCCUCCUUCGUCCAGCUGCUGUCCGAUUGAUGUAAACCCGCUCCAGAUCCUCAGGCCAGCGCAGAUCCGGAUCACAUCACUUCUUCUGGAAACCGAACUGGGCUCUCAUAGGAAGCAGGCCAGAUGGUAAAACCUAACAUUUACUGGAUCAAGUCAGACUUUUGGAUCAGAUGUCUGGCAUCCUGCAAGUUCUUGAGAUCUUGGUCCAGCAAACCAUAACAACCUCAGGUUUGGAUUUACAAUGAGCACAUAAUGGACGGCUCAGGACAGAAAACUUUACUCGUGUGACUGAAGUCAGGGAGUGUUGCCAAGCUGGACAAUCAGCUGUGACUCAUGACUUAUAGGACAUUUAUUUAUUAUUCUAACAAGCACACAUUUGACAGAAAGUUAGACCAAGUGACAACCACCCAGGGGGCUUUUAUUUUGAGACUCGGAUGAACUGCUUUCUUCAUUUUUAAGUGACAUUUAAAUUAAUUACUUUUGUUGCAUUUUUGUGGCGGUACUUGCAGGACACCAGCAAAAGCUGCCACAAUUUAAACUCCUUUCCAAGGACUCCUGGAUACUGAAGACCAAAGCUCUAAAUUCAGUAGAAACCAGUCAUCAACACAGAAAUAGAAACUCAGCUUCCUUUAUUUACAGGUUUGGUAAAAGACUGAAGAGAAGAAGAAGGUUGAAUGAGAAGCACUCUAUGCCUUCGGCUGCCUUUGUGUCCUAUUAUACCAACACUUCACUGAGCAGAAACUGUGGCGAGCCGCUGCCACUUAACUCAGUGUUUAGGUGAAACAAUGUAAUUAUUUUUCUUUAAAGAACGAGGAAACUAUUUUUCCCCAUAGACACGUGAUGAGUUGUGGAACCAAGAUGUUGAAAGAAGCACCACUGGAUAAUGAGAGGAUUGAUUUUUCAAUUAAAGUUAUUUUUAAUAAAAAAAAAAAAAAGCUUACAAAGACCAACCCUCGGUUGAAAUGUACUUUAAAGGUUACUGUGUUUUUAUAUAUAUAUAUAUAUAUAUAAAAUGAGAAAUUGUUGGUGUUUAACAGCACACACAAGUGAAUGUUUCAAUGUUUUAUUUAUUUUUAAUGACUCUUCCUGUAGCUUGUUUAGACAUGUUUAUAGUAUAAAAAAAUGUUGGCAUCUUUUCUCCAUUCUCUUAGAAAUAUUUAUUUUGUUAAACAAAAAUUACCUAUAGAAAACUAUCGCCAGUUCAAUGUCAAGUAAAAAUUCAACCAUAGAAUGACUCAAGUGUAAAAAAAGAACAAAUAAAUUUUUCUGUGUAGUUUGGCCUGCAUAGAUUAACUCAGAACAUGCUUAUCAACAUGGUCUGCUCAUACAAAAUUUAACAUCUAAAACAUUUAGAUAUGCUUUAAAAAGGGAGCUUUACAGUGUAACAUUUAAACUAAUUUCACAGGGAUCCUUGUCAAGAUGUUAAUGAACUAUGUAUAAUCUGUACAUUCAUCACCCUCCACACUCACAGGCGCUCCUGCUGUUAAAAUUUUGUACAACUCCCUGUACCAGUAAGACGGCACCGACUCACCUGUAACAUUUACAAGGUUGGACCAUACAGGCAGAAGGACCUUUGACCCUUUUCAGUAGGAUUUAAUAUCCUGUUCCAGUUUUCCAGCAGUCCUCAUUUAUAUUUAACGUGUUAAAGUUUAAGAGUUAAUGAUCCCGUAUACCAUAACAGCAUCCUGCUCCUUGACAGCUCACAGAACCACAGUUCCGCCUCCAACUUGCUAAUUUUAUGCUUUUAUUGGGCCAAUCAUCCUAGAGGUCACAUUGACAUUCAACUCACAGUGUUUACUUUUCCCCAUAGAAAGUGAGUGUUGUUGUGCAAGGGCUUAAUACCUGGAUUUACCCAAUCCAUCUAUGAGGUGCUUUUCCACGUAUUAUCUGCUUAGCAGAUAAAUCUUAGUCCAGCUGAAGUACAUGAUUUCAGUAAAAACUUAACAUUUAGAGUAGACGUUUGCAUGUGUUAUGGUCAGACAGAAAAGCCUCUUUCCCUGCUAUGCUUCCAAAACAACCAGUUGGCACACAGAUAGCAUCUAAUGCCAGGAUGAUACAAUUUGCUCCUGCUUUCCAACAGUAAGCACUGGAAAUUGUCUUAUCUUCCUUUCUCAACUGAUGAUUUUGUAAAGAAUGAUAUAUGGUAUUUUGCCCACUUAAUAAAUGUACUCAAAACUCUU